AGGUUGUCAAAAUGCUGGUCGUUGUGGUGGCGGUGUUCGCAACCCUUUGGUUACCCUAUAGAGCAUUAUUAGUCUAUAAUUCAUUCGCCGAACCCGUAUAUAUGGAGCUCUGUGCAAUCAACCCGAUCAUCUACUCAGCAUGUUCAAUUAAAUUCCGGCGUGCAUUCAAGCGUAUGCUGACGUGUGAGAGUGAGAACCGCAAUACUCAGCGAACCCGAGCGGCCGCUCAGUACGCCUCCGGUCUGAGCUCUACAAUGCAUUUGUCGCACAACUCUGUCCGACACAACACUCUCCUCAGUGUCUGUCCCCUCAAGAACUCCAAAGACAAACACAAUAACAGCGAAACCGAGCAAAACGUUUGAUCGCUUCCCACUUCACUCAUUUGCCGGUGUUUUUUGGAUCAACGAUACGAAGACUAAUUCAUUGGUCAUUACAUAUACUGUAUAUGUAAAUGUGUAUAAAAGCGAUGAUAGGGGGUAUUGUACUCACGUAGACAUUUAAUUGUCAGGAAUUUAUAUCUAUUAACAAACAAUUUCACUGUUUGCGAAAGAUUCUGGAUAUAAACUGAAU